AUGAGCCGAGCGAGCAGCACCCAGCCGUCGACCUCGCGGCACGACUCGGGCAUCCUGAUCCCGGGCCUGGAAGACGCCUCGUCCUCGUACCCACCGUCAAACGGCACAUCGACGCCUGUAUCCGCGCGCGCUUCUGCUCCCGUUACCACCGCCGCCCACCGCAACGACUACGACCACGACUACGACCACGACCAGGAGCAGUACGGCAUCAGCUCCAUGAUCUCGGGCUGGUUCGGCCGCACCUUUGGGCCCUCGUCGCGCUCCAACUCGCACCUGUCGGCCAGCAUGCACAGCAGCAAGACCUUCCCGACCGACAUGACCUCGUCCCAGCACAACCACAGCAACGGCGACGGCAUCACCGCGCCCUUCUCGCCGUCCCACCGGCCCCUGUCGCGCACCGCCAGUCCCUUCGUCAUGCCCGACUACGAGCCGCUGGUGCUGCGCGGCUACGAGCGCGACACGGACCCACGUGCCCGCCUGCUGUCGACGGGCGUCGCCGAGGCCAUCCGCAUGAACUUCCCCGAGCGCCUGCGCAUCUGCGAGGAGUGGCGUCUGGUCUACAGCCUGUACCAGAACGGCAGCUCGCUGGCCACCCUCUACAAGUUAUGCGAGGACUACAGGGGCCGCCGUGUUGGUUUCGUGCUGGUUGUGCGGGACGGCGCUGGAGGCACCUUUGGCGGCUACCUAACCGAAGCACCACACAUCGCGGGCGGCUACUACGGGACGGGCGAGUGCUUCCUCUGGAAGGCCUCGGUCCACGCGAGCCUGCCGCCGCCGCCCUCGGCCCCGGACGCCGAGCUGCUCACGGGCGCCUCGACCACCAUCGCUUCGCCGACCCAGGACACCUUCGAUCACCACGACCCGGACCACUCAAUCCGGUUCCAGUACUUCCCCUACGUGCCGCCCGAGACCAAGAAGUCGCCGACGACGGACGAGAAGCCGCCGGCUCCCACCUCCGACGACUGGGGCGCCCUGCUGCCCGAGGCGACGCGCCAGGAGUGGGAGGAGUUUGAGGACCGCGACCGCUUCUACUUCAUCAACUCGGAGCGGUCGUUCCUGGCGCUGGGCGGCGGCAAGGGCCGCGACGCCCGCUACGGCCUGUGGCUGGACGACGGCUUCAACCGCGGCCAGAGCGGGCGCUGCGGCACCUUUGAGAACGACCCGCUCAGCGACGAGGGCGAGAAGUUCGACAUCAUCGGCGUCGAACUCUGGGUCGUGGGCGCCACGUGA